AUGCAGCCGCGCCAGCUCGCGGCACAAAUCCUCAACUUCGCCCUCGUCCUCUCCACCGCGUUCAUGCUAUGGAAGGGCCUCUCCGUCGUCACCGACUCCUCGUCCCCCAUCGUCGUCGUGCUCUCGGGGAGCAUGGAACCGGCCUUCCAGCGUGGAGAUUUGCUGUUCUUAUGGAAUAGGGGGAUGGAUACCCAGGUGGGAGAGAUUGUGGUGUACAACGUGCGAGGAAAAGACAUCCCCAUUGUGCACAGAGUGGUGCGGAGGUUUGGAGGAGGGGACUCGCCAUUGCAUCUCCUCACAAAAGGCGACAACAACGCGGCCGACGACACGGAGCUCUACGCGCGAGGGCAGUCAUACCUCGACCGAUCGCAGGACGUUGUAGGUAGCGUGGUCGGCUACGUUCCCUUUGUUGGCUACGUGACCAUCCUCCUGAGCGAGUAUCCGUGGUUGAAGAAGGUGAUGUUAGGGUUCAUGGCCUUGACGGUGGUGAUGCAACGGGAAUGA